CCAACAUGUUUUCUCCAUCGCUCGAGCUGUUUCUGAGAUCAGACGAGAAGAAGAAGAAGAAGAAGAAAUCAAAGCAAUGGAGCUCCCACGCAAGAUGUUCUGGGCCGUCGUCCUCGUCCUGCUGCUGCUCGUGGCCACAGAGGUUGGGCCGGCGAUGGUGGCGGAGGCGCGGACGUGCGAGUCCCAGAGCCACAAGUUCCGGGGGCCGUGCGUGCGUAGGGGCAACUGCGCCAACGUCUGCAGGACGGAGGGGUUCCAGGGCGGCAAGUGCCGCGGCUUCCGCCGCCGCUGCUUCUGCACCAAGCACUGCCAUUAACUAGCUUGCUCGCCGGCGGAAUGGUCAUGCCCCGUCAUGUUUGAUCCGAGCUGCAUGCAAUGCGUUCGUGGUGGUUUAUGCAAUUGUGUCUUUUUUUGGGUGUUCGUGCAUGAAUAAGAGCGUGCGUUUUCGCAAGCUGGUGUGACAAGUUACUCGUCUCUUCUGUUCAAUUGGUGCAUUUGCGUGUCGUCUUUAGUUGCGUUUCAAGGUUUCGGUUCCCGUGUUACUGAGAUGGGAUGUAAGUCUGACCCUUUCAUUUUCCAUCAAGUGCAUGCAUGUUUUGUCCCUCGAUCGAUCACACCAAGAAAAAGAUGACAGUACACGCCUUGCUACUUGAAACAGUGAUAUCCACAAGUCGCUUUUGGCUCGUGCUAAUGCGCAGUGUGUGUCAAUGUUACCACACCCGUGUUCAUUUUUUUUUUCGAAAUUGGACAUCCGAAUCGCAGUAUAGAUUUCGAGUUGUAUUUUAGGUGUGUAAAUUUUUCUAUUGAAUCUGAUAUUUAAAUCCGAAUCAGAUUUCGGGUAGU